AUGCCGACCCGGGUGGAAGACUACGAGGUGCUGCACACCAUCGGCACGGGCUCUUAUGGCCGGUGCCAGAAGAUCCGGAGGAAGAGCGACGGUAAGAUAUUAGUUUGGAAAGAACUUGACUAUGGCUCCAUGACAGAAGCUGAGAAACAAAUGCUUGUUUCCGAAGUGAAUUUGCUUCGUGAACUGAAACAUCCCAACAUCGUCCGUUACUAUGAUCGAAUUAUUGACCGAACCAAUACAACACUGUACAUUGUGAUGGAAUAUUGUGAGGGAGGGGACCUGGCUAGCAUAAUUACAAAGGGAACCAAGGAAAGACAGUACUUAGAUGAAGAGUUUGUUCUUCGAGUGAUGACUCAGUUGACUCUGGCCCUAAAGGAAUGUCACAGACGAAGUGAUGGUGGUCACACCGUGCUACAUCGGGAUCUGAAGCCAGCCAAUGUCUUCCUAGAUGGCAAGCAAAACGUUAAGCUUGGAGACUUCGGGCUAGCUAGGAUAUUAAAUCACGAUACGAGUUUCGCAAAAACGUUUGUUGGCACACCUUAUUACAUGUCUCCUGAACAGAUGAGUCGCAUGUCCUACAAUGAGAAAUCAGACAUCUGGUCACUGGGCUGUUUGCUGUAUGAACUGUGUGCAUUAAUGCCUCCAUUUACAGCUUUCAACCAGAAAGAAUUAGCUGGGAAGAUCCGAGAAGGCAAAUUCAGGCGAAUUCCAUAUCGUUACUCUGAUGAAUUGAAUGACAUUAUUACAAGGAUGUUAAAUUUGAAGGAUUACCAUCGGCCUUCUGUUGAAGAAAUUCUGGAGAGCCCUUUGAUAGCAGACCUGGUUGCAGAAGAGCAAAGAAAAAAUCCUGAGAGGAGGGGGCGAUGGUUAGGAGAACCGGAAAAGUUGCAGGAGUCCAGCCGCGUGUUCAGUGAGCUGAAACUAAAGGAAAUACAAUUGCAGGAACGAGAGCGAGCCCUCAAAGCAAGAGAGGAAAGACUCGAGCAGAAGGAACGUGAGCUUUGUGUCCGGGAGAGACUGGCCGAGGACAAAGUGGCCAGAGCGGAGGGCCUGCUGAAGAAUUACGGCCUGCUGAAGCAGCAGAAGCUCCUCUCGCUGGCCAGCGGGCCAGCACUUUUUGAUCUCCCAUCCUCGAUAAUUAAGAAGAAAGUUCAUUUCAGUGGCGAGAGUAAGGAGAAUGUCAUGAGGGAUGAGAAUUCUGAGAGUCAGCCCACCUCCAAAGCCAAGUGCAAAGAUCUGAAAAAAAGGCUUCAUGCUGCCCAGCUGCGUGCUCAAGCCCUGUCAGACAUCGAAAAAAAUUACCAGCUGAAAAGCAGACAGAUUCUGGGCAUGCGCUAGCCUAGCAGGAGACACAGAGCUGCGUGUGGUGUUUAAUAUUGCCAGCCCCUUAAAGACUGAUAUUCAAUUGCUGUGGCUGUGAUAUAUAUACCUGGUUCUGUGAGCCAUGCCUUUUUGUACAGUAAGCAUGCUAUUUUGGAAUUGCCUUUGCUGUUCUUCAGCAAUAAUUGUACAAAAUGUUCAUACGUUUAUUAUUUUUUUUUAAAAGAACACUUUAUAGAAAGAAUGACACUUUCUUGGUUGGGCUUUUAAUCCUGUGUGUGAUUACUACUGGAACAUGAGAUGCUACAUUCUGAAUGUCGGAGAAAAUAAUGUCAGGCAAAAAUCUUUACCUGGGAGUAGCAUUUACUGAGCAGUUUUAAAUGACAGAGUGGUGUGCUUACAAUGGUCAUGUCUAGAUUUAAAAUUUAAAGUCUGAGGUUUUAAGUAUUCUAGAGCUUAGAAAACCUAAAUGGAUAUGAACUGGUCACUAAUACUAUGCCAUGACAAGCUUAGAGAUACUGCUUCGAUAUCCCAUUGCUCUGUAGUGCAAAUCUGUCACCUGCAAAAACCCAUUCCCGUGAUGUUUGUGUUUUUUUUCCUUUGUAUUCUAUCUAACGAUAUAAAGCUGGCUGUCAUUUCCUC